AUCACGUCCCUUCUAAAGAUAAUAUUUCCCUCCCAAAACCCUCGCUCCCCCGCUCUCGCCCCUUCCCCAAAACCCCGAUUCUCGUCGUUCAUCUUCAAUCUGGAGGUAAAUCUUGUGUUUCUGGUUGAGUUGUGUCUUUAAGGACUGAUGACCGAGGGCAAUAAACGACAUGUUUUGGGUGAUUUAACCAACAAACGGAAGAGGCCUCCCCAGAUAGUCUUAGAUAAAUUUGAAAACCAGUACAAAUUUGGUAGGUUGGGAGAAAUGGAUGCAAUAGGUGCCACUUCUGGGAGUUGCAGCCAAGUAGAGAAGGAAAUUUUGACCAAAGGAAAGGAGAAAGUUGGUAGUAUGCUGGCAAACCAUAGAAUUGCUGAGAAUGUAGGCAGGAAAUUUUCCCUUUUCUUUAAUUCUUCUAAGAACCAUGGACCUCUGUUUCCGCAGACUAUGAAAGAGAAUUUAAGCUUGGAUCUGUCACAGUCUAGUAAGGUGUCUGAAGAUGCCCCUUGUUCGUUAACUCCUGAGUUGUUGCCUGGGAGAAGUGGUAAUGCAGCACAUACUGGCAAGUCUAGUUAUAGCUGUUUUUCUCAUGGAUGUUUGCAUGAUCAACACAAUAAAUCAGAAGAUUCUUCACCUCUUUCAGAAGACUACUCACAAAAAUCUGAAGAACUCCAAGAGGACUAUGAAACAGAUAAUGCUGAUUUUUCCAAACAUGCCAUGAAGAACUUAAGGGAGGACAUGAAGUCUUUCCCUUUGAAUCAUACUGAUUCUGAUCUCAGUCAAAUGAAGGUGCAUGGUGUUGUUGAGGAUGAUGACGAGGAUGAUGAUGAGGAUGAUGAGCUUUUGACCCAGGAUUUGCUGGGAAAAUCUUUUUCAAGGAGUUGCUUAAGGCCAUCUGAAUUUGAUGCAGGAAACUUAGCAGGGCUCAAUGAUGUGCAUGACACAUCUAACAUUGAUGCUGUUGUCAAAGUUCAAGAUAAUAUAGGGUUUGAAAAUAGUUGUUCGUGUUCGUUCUGUUUGAAAGCUGCUUAUAUGUGGAUGGAUCUUCAUUAUCAGGAUGCGAGAGGCCGACUUUCUGCUCUGAAGAAAAGCAGGAGAUAUGCAAAAUCUAUAGAUCAAAGAUUUCCCAGUCAUGACUUCAUUGCCAAACUAGAUCAAGAUAACUCUGAUUUGUCCAAUAAACUGGAGUUUGAUCUCAUGCAACAUUGGAGAUCACUGUUUGUUCACACAGAGAACAUCCUUACUGUUGAAAGUACACAGAUUAGUGCCAACAUUCAGACAUAUGAUCAAGCCAGUCUUCUGAAGUUAAAAGAUCUGAAGGAAAAAUGCAGGAAAGAUCUCGAAAUGGUCAGCGUUGCUUCAGAUAGAAAGUAGAAUAUAUACUUCAGUUAUGAGUGGCCUAGUGAAUAUUUGUCCUCCAGAUGUAAGUUUAAAUGUUUGAAGUGUGCUGAGUGAGCCAAGAAGCAAAGGUGGCCUUCACGACUGUCAUUUCCAGAUUGUACUUGCAUUUGUUUGUCCUUCGCUACCAGUUACUUAAAGUCGGCAAUGGUCGCUGCCAAGAUUCAGGAAUGGCCAAUUCUGGCAUCAAUUA